AAAUUCCUGACCUGGUCAACUCCAACGGUUCUUUCGCCAUCAACCAUUUAUCUCCAAUCCGAAUCACUAUUGCUUCGACCUGCGAAUUGUGCAAUCGUUAACACCCGAAGCUUUGAUAUCGAGUAUGGCGCACAAUAAUGGAAGCGAGGCGCCUUCGCCUCGAUCUUUUGCGAUUCAGCAUCAACGACCUAAGGAUAGUUUCGUUGGCUGCUCUCGAAUUAGUGACUACGAGCUCCUAGGCAAAUUAGGAGAGGGUACUUUUGGUGAAGUUCACAAGGCGAGAGCACGAAAAAAUGGUGCCCUGGUUGCUUUGAAGAAGAUCAUAAUGCACAACGAGAAAGAUGGAUUCCCAAUUACAGCACUUCGAGAGAUCAAGCUUCUUAAGCUGUUGUCGCACAGGAAUGUGUUGCGCCUGGAGGACAUGGCCGUCGAGCAUCAUAGUAAGAUGACCGACAAGAGGAAACGACCGAUCAUGUAUAUGGUAACGCCAUACAUGGAUCACGAUUUAUCUGGCCUACUCGACAACCCAUCCGUCCAAUUUACAGUACCGCAGAUUAAAUGCUACCUCCUCCAGCUCCUCGAGGGUCUCCGUUACCUACACGACAACAAGAUUCUCCAUCGAGAUAUGAAGGCCGCCAACCUACUCAUCAGUAACAAAGGCAUAUUGCAGAUUGCAGACUUCGGUCUUGCAAGACAUUACGAGGGACAGGUCCCCGAAAAGGGAAAAGGUGGUGGUGAGGGUCGGAGAGAGUACACUAGUCUUGUAGUCACCCGAUGGUACCGACCUCCUGAGCUCUUACUACACCUUAAAAAAUACACCACUGCUAUUGACAUGUGGGGUGUUGGUUGUGUCUUCGGUGAGAUGUUGGUUGGCAAGCCCAUCUUGGCCGGCGAGAGCGAUACGCACCAGCUCGAUAUCAUCUUUGACUUAGUUGGAACCCCGACGGACCAGACCAUGCCAGGAUGGAAACAAUUGCCUGGUGCUGAGGCUAUUAAUCCGCGUCCGCGACCCGCAUCAUUGGCGCAGCGGUUCCGCGAACACGGUUCAAGCGCCAUCUCUCUAUUGAAAGAGCUCCUAACACUUGACUGGCGAAAUCGUAUCAACGCUAUUGAUGCGCUAGAACAUCCCUACUUCAAGUCUUCUCCUUUGCCGGCAAAACCAGAAGACCUCCCCACCUUUGAGGACAGCCACGAAUUGGACCGUAGGAAAUUCCAUGAUCGAAAAGCUGCUCUACCGCCCGCCCCUAAGGGGGGCACUGUCGGUGUCGGUGCAUUUGGAGGUCCCAAUGCGGAAUUUGGUAGUGGUGAUGGGUAUGGUAAUAGACGAUACCCCAAACAUCAUGGCGGAUAUCGGGGCGGCGAAGAGGGCCGUCGACCUGCCUGGGCCCGGGACCAACCUCACAUGGAUCAUCGAUUGCCGCCACGCCCCCCUCCCCCUGAGUACCCAGGAAACGGAUGGGAUAACCCUGCCGAACAUCACGAAUCAUUCAGGGAUAGGGCGCCGAGAAACCGUGGGGCUAAUCGGCCGGAUGUUGACACCUACAUCCCUCACUACCGUGAUGGUGAUCGACCGCCUAGAGAAGACCGGCCACCAAGAGAAGAUCGGCCACCGAGGGAAGAUCGGCCACCAAGAGAUGAUCGUCGAAGAUGGGAGGAUCGAGAUAGUAGACGACGUGACCGGGACCGUCGCGAAGGAGAUUACGACGACCGUAGCCGUGCGAGCCAGACACGCAGCCGCAGCCGUUCGCCCGUUCGGGAUAGGGACCGAGACGUAUAUCGGCGAUAGAAUCGCAAUAAGCCUCGGAGAAGAAGGCCAAAUAUCCCAUCCCCGCCUCCGCCACCUCCACCUCCGCCGCCGCCUCAUUUCCCCAACAGGUCGAUAUUCCCCAAAACUACGAACAAUUUCUAUUCCCCUAAUUUCUAGUAACUCAUUUUAUGGUCGAGUUUGCGGACAGGGUAUGCAGCAAGCCAACGGAAGGACCGCGGCACAUGGUUUUGUCUUUGGCGUUCUGCGUUAUGUGUGAAGUGAUUUAGGCUCAGGUGUGCGAGAAAGCGUUGUCAUGCCGUCCUUAAAAUCAUCGGUUCUGAUAGGCAAAGAAUUGACUUUAAUUCUUUGCGACGGUCGCAUGAGCCGAGCGGUAACUACCUAUGCUGGAGGCUUCCCUCGGGAUUGCUAUAUGUUGUAGAAUCAACAAGUAGCACUGAAUUAAGAUAAGUGGUCUCUAUCUAAAGAGCUCAUGUUUUUAUUGAUAUCGCUCUGAUAGCUACUUGUAAUUUGGAGGAGUUAAUAGAGCAGCGUAGUG